UCGUUUUAUUAUUUUAUUAUUUAUUAUUUCAUCACUUAAUGUAAAUUCAACAUUUGUAUUAAUCUUUACCUCAUCAGGACUCUCAGUUCCUCCUCUCCAGCCUGACGGGCAGCAGCUUCGUCUUCGUCUCUGUUCAGAGCUUCAGCGCGCUCCUCCUCCUCCAGCGUCUCACUAACUCAUCAGACAGAUUCAAAAUGGCCGCCAGCAGCUGGACCUGAGACAGUGGCGAGCCGCGCUGGAGCGUCUCUGAAUCUUCCAUCAAUGUCCCACACCGUGAAUCUACAAAUGCCUUCUUCUUCUUCUUCUUCUUCUGUGGUGGAGCCGCCACACUGGAUGAUCCUCCUCCUUCUUCUUCUGAUCCUUCCAUGGCCCAACCUGGGGAUGGCGACGACGCCGUUUACCACGCCCCUCUGGCCGCGAACCGUCAGAGUCUCCGCCGACGACAUUUGCCAACGUUCGGAGACGCCAGACGGCGGACUGGCGGUGCGCUGCAGUGGACUGAGACUGCCUCAGGUACCCGUCGGCCUCUCUAACCUCACCACUCGUCUGUUUCUGGAUAAGAACCUGCUCGGAUCUCUGCCGGCCGACACGUUCUGCGACCUGCUGCUGCUCCAGGAGCUCGACCUGUCGCACAAUCAGCUCUCCUCGCUGGAGGCCGGUUGUUUCCGUGGUUUGACGUCCUCGCUUUGUUUUCUGGACCUGUCGUCCAAUAAGCUGUCUGCAUUGGACCCGGCGGCGCUCGGCGGGCUGCGAGCUCACGCCAACCUCACACACAACCCCUGGCACUGUGACUGUAGGAUGCAGCUGUCGAUAUCUCAGCUGGAUCUGGACCCGUCCUCUCUUCCUGGAGUCGUCUGUCAGACAUCGGACCUCCCGACCCUUGGAGCUGCUGGGAGGCCUCUGGUCCUGCUGCUGGAGGACUGGGAUCUGUGUCUGGCUGUGAGGAGAAACACCGAUGUGGCGAUGCUGGUCAUCAUGUUCCUCUGGAUCGCCAUGGUCAUCUCCUUCCUGGCCUACUACAUCAGAAAGAACGAGGAGCACGUCCGUCGACACUUGGCGUACCUCAAGCUCAUGCAGCUCCGCCAGGUGUAGAGGACGGAGUUAAUCCUGGAAGAGCUGUUGUUGGUAACCUGACAACGAGGACGCAUGUCUCCUCAAGGACUUCUAGAAAUUCCCCAAGGAUCAAACAGAUGCUGAAAUAACGACGUCAUGAUGCUGAUUUGUUACAAAUGUUAUGUCAUGCUUUGUCAGGUCUGUCAGCAAGAUGACAAGCAAACAACUUUUAAAAUGCUUGUUUUCUAAAUGGAGUCUGGAGUCUGGCUGUGCUGUGCUAGGUCACGAGAAGUAAAAAGUGAAUUUAAUAAAAGCAGUUAGCUAGUUAGACGUUAAUCAUCUGCUCCCGUCAGUAAACGGCUCCGUUUUUAGAGCACUGCAGGUGUUUAUUGGUCCAAGGCUCCGGCGCCGCCUCGUCUCUGUCCCUCGUCUCUGCCCGGUGUCCCUCUCCUCUACACGCUGAAGCCGUGACGUGACGUCUGGACUGUCUGAGCGGUUUGGGGUUAGCCAAUCAGAGGCAGAGUAGGAAGCUGCUCUCCGUCAAAUGAGAGUAAAAAAUGUGGCAGUAAGAGAAGAUACCGCUGCCCAUAGUGAUCCUUUAAACUUUGUAAAGAAGAACAAAGAUUUAUUUCUGAACACCUGGUCUGUCACACUCCAGACCUUCACCUUCGUGCUGGGUCACCGCUGUCGCUCCUCGAGGACCUGGUCUCUGGUCCAGAUGUCAGAUCUCACGUCUCGUAUCUGGAAGUUUGGUUCCUUCAUCAGUGUUUCCUCUGAGCUCUUUUUCUAAAGGAGGCUGCUGACGUGACCUGAAGACUUCUCAUCGCUUCAUUUAUUUCUCAGCAUAUAUCUGUCCUUUACUAAUUAUUCAUCUGGUAAUCUGUUCUUUAAGCAUUUACUCUAUUAUUAUUUAUUCAUGUGAUUUGAUUGGUGGGGAACCUCCAAUCAGAGACCGUCGUUCUUUGUAUUUUAAAUAGAUUUCAAGCAGAACAUCCAAACCACGUGGCGCUCUGCAAACCAGAACAGCCACGUUUCGUUUCCACUGCGAUGUGAUUGUGAAGUGUUGUUUCCUCUGACUCUGUUUGUUGUUGUUCAGUAAAAGAAAGGAAAAGGACGUCUACACAAACAUCAGCCCAGCAGAAACAGACGACACCCUGCUGAGGUCAGAAUGCUAAUGUUAGCUGUACGUCUUUCUGACGGGCUGCAGGUAAAGUUCAGGAACACCUGAGCCUUUCCUGGAUGUUUGUUUCACAGCUGAUGAACAGGAAGUGACACGCCUGGGGACUGUACCGGACCCUCCUGCACUGAUGAGACGAGAUGUAAACUCCUCUGCAGCAGGUCGCAUCUUUAUCAUCUUUAUUUUAAUCACUGAAUAUGAGUUUUGGUUGUUUGUCUGCGUCUUGUUUCAGUUUGUUUCAUCUAAAUUAAAUGUAAUUUUCUCUG